CACUUAAAACAAUGAGCCAAUUACUUUUUUCCGUCGAAGAUAUUUCUGUCCUCUUCUCUCUUCUCUCUCCCACAUCAUCAUUCUCUCUGACCCUAAAAAAAAAACAAUCUUCUUUCCCCACUAAAUUCUUCAUCUGCUAUUACCUCGCCGCGUCACAAAACUUGAACUUUAAUCCACACAUAAACUUGCUUCAGUCUUAGCAGAUCAAGAACUGAAGCAUUCUUUUUCUUCUUCCAAUAGUCAAAUAUCAGAUCUAGAAGUAUAUAUUUUGUGUUGAAGUCAUAAGUCAUGUCAUUUACGGGGACACAACAGAAAUGCAAGGCAUGUGAAAAGACAGUUUACCCAGUUGAGCUUUUGUCAGCUGAUGGGAUUAGCUAUCACAAAUCUUGCUUUAAAUGCACCCAUUGUAAAGGAACUCUCAAGCUGAGCAAUUACUCCUCAAUGGAAGGUGUUUUGUAUUGCAAGCCCCAUUUUGAGCAGCUUUACAAGGAGUCUGGCAACUUCAACAAGAACUUUCAAUCACCUGCAAAGUCAGCUGAGAAGUUAACUCCAGAGCUGACAAGAUCUCCUAGCAAAGCUGCCCGAAUGUUUUCUGGAACACAGGAAAAAUGUGCGACCUGUGAUAAAACGGCUUAUCCACUUGAGAAGGUACAAAUAUUGAAUUCUCAAAAUUUCAUCCUAUUAUGAUGUCUAUGUUGAGGA